GUUUUGAUCGUGAGUUCAAACUGCUUUAGUAUAUGUAGUAUGAUUAGCUCAUCAUUGUAAUUUUAAGCGCGUCUCGAUGAAGUUGUAAUUUAUUAAAAAUGUUUAUUUUAAAGUUCAUUCUAUUCAUUAGUUUAUUUGUUUAUUACGUGAAAAGUGAUAAUGUGAUUAAAAAAAUAAAUAAAGACGCUACAAGCAAGAAUGAACCAUCAGUAGAAAUUCAUAAUAUACCUGUGGUUGUAGUUUUGGAAGAAGAAAAUCGUAAAGGGAAAUCUGCAGAUAUUAAUGUAAGCAAAAUCAUAUCUAAAAAUGAUCUACUAAACCAUAAUGAUUCCAAAUCUACAACAGAAAUCAGUGAAACUAAAACUGAUAAACCUACGAUUAACUCUGACAGUUAUAACAAAUCUACACAAGUAGAAAAGAACAGUGAAGAUAAAUCAAUAAAUAUAAAUAAUUCGUCGUCUAAAGACUCUAUUAUUAUAAACACAGUUUCAAAUACAGAAACUGAAAUUCGAAUUCCUAUUGCUAUAAUAUACGACCCUGAACCUGAAAAUCUUUUAAGCUUGCAUAAAACCCAAUCAAACCAGAAGCGCCAAAGUAGAAGAAAGGAUAUUGAAAACAAGAAUCGUACUAGUCUUGAAACAAGAGCAAAACUAGAAAUGCAGUCAGAAGGCCAGAAUAUGAGCCGUAAAUUUAGUAAAAGAAUUCGUGAACGUGAUCCUGUCGUACCAAUAGUUCAAUCGGAGAAUUAUGUCUUUUCACAUAAUGGUGAAUUUCAUUACAGUUACGAGGGUGGUGACGGUACCAAAGCCUUUGAAAAGGGUGAACUGAAGUCUAUAGAUGACAACACAGGGGAAUCAGUUGUUGGUAGCUUCUCAUACGUUGGCAAGGAUGGCAACGAAUACAGUCUCACGUAUACUGCUGACGAGAACGGGUACCGGCCAGUAGGUGCUCAUCUACCAACUCCUCCCCCCAUACCGCCUGCAAUAGCACGUGCUUUAAAGUAUCUAGCAACAAAAUCGACUCCAGAACCAGUGACAGAAUCUUUAAAAUGAAACCUAUUUACCCUUAAUAACUAUCGUCGAUUAUUAACCAUAGAAACCCUAUAGAGUUUUCACCUCUUUCAUUAACAAGAAGCUUGCGAUCUGUAACAGU